GUUUGCUUGUCCGUGAAGGACCGGUUGAAGGACUCAAAGUCUGGAUAUUAUGUGCUGGUCGCCGGAAUUUCUCCAACUCCGCUCGGAGAGGGCAAAUCCACCACCACCAUCGGGCUCGCACAGGCCCUUGGAGCCCAUCUAGACAAGUCGUGUAUUGCAUGCAUCCGUCAGCCCAGCAUGGGACCCACCUUCGGCAUCAAGGGAGGAGCGGCUGGAGGAGGAUACAGUCAGGUGAUUCCAAUGGAGGACUUCAACCUGCAUCUCACCGGCGACAUCCACGCCAUCACCGCAGCCAACAACCUCCUCGCCGCCGCCAUCGACACUCGAAUCUUCCACGAAGCCGCUCAGUCCGACAAGGGGCUGCUGAACCGGCUGUGCCCCGCGGACAAGGAGGGCAAGCGGCGGUUCUCGCCGGUCAUGUUCCGGCGGCUGAAGAAGCUGGGGAUUGAUAAGAGCGACCCCGCGGAGCUGACGGAGGACGAGGUGCGGCGGUUUGUGAGGCUGGAUAUUGACCCGGAGAAGAUCACGUGGCGCCGCGUGAUGGACAUCAAUGAUAGGUUCAUGCGGGGGAUCACCAUCGGGCAGGGGCCAGAGGAGCGCGGGUUGACUCGCCAGACGGGGUUCGACAUCAGCGUGGCGAGCGAGAUCAUGGCCGUGCUCGCCCUCACCACGUCGCUCGACGACCUCCGCGAGAGGCUCGGCCGCAUGGUCAUCGGCACCAGCCGCGCGGGCGACGCGGUCACUGCUGAUGACUUGGGGAUUGGUGGCGCGCUGACGGUUAUUAUGAAGGACGCCAUUCGCCCCACGCUGAUGCAGACGCUGGAGGGCACGCCCGUGCUGGUGCACGCGGGGCCGUUCGCCAACAUAGCGCACGGCAACUCGUCCAUCAUCGCGGACCAGAUCGCCCUCAAGCUUGUGGGGGAGGGGGGCGUCGUGUGCACUGAGGCUGGCUUCGGGGCGGACAUUGGCGCAGAGAAGUUUUUCAACAUCAAGUGCAGGUACAGCGGGCUGCGCCCCCACUGUGCAGUGAUAGUGGCGACAGUCCGUGCUCUCAAGAUGCACGGAGGGGGGCCAGCAGUGGUGGCAGGGAAGCCCCUGGACCACGCAUACACGUCAGAGAACGUGGAGCUGGUGGCGCAGGGCUGCUCCAACCUGGUCCGCCACAUUGAGAACACCCGGCGGUAUGGGGUUGCCGUGGUGGUGGCCAUCAACCGGUUUGCUGCGGAUACUGAGGCUGAGAUUGCGGAGGUUCAGAAGGCUGCGAUGGCAGCAGGCGCAGUGGAUGCUGUGGUGUGCUCGCACUUCGCUCAUGGAGGGGCAGGAGCGGCAGCACUGGGUGCAUCAGUGGUGAAGGCGUGCAGUGACGUGGCGGAGAAGGAGGCGGGAGGGGAGAGUGGGUACAAGUUCCUGUAUGAUUUGGAUCGCAGCAUCAAGGAGAAGAUUGAGACCAUCGCCACUGUCUCUUACGGCGCUGCGGGAGUGGAGUACUUGCCUGAGGCGGAGGCGAAGAUUGAGCAGUACACAAAGCAAGGGUUUGCUAAUCUUCCCAUAUGCAUGGCCAAGACACAGUACUCCUUCUCCCAUGAUGCUUCUCUCAAGGGAGCCCCGUCCGGCUUCAUCCUCCCCAUCCGGGAUGUGAGGGCGAGCGUUGGAGCGGGCUUCAUUUUCCCUCUUGUGGGCACCAUGAGCACCAUGCCUGGCUUGCCAACCAGGCCUUGCUUCUACGACAUUGAUAUUGACACGGCUACUGGCAAUAUCAUUGGUUUGUCUUAA